GUUGACGCGAAGUUUCGUUGAGUUGCGUCACUGCGUCAUCUUGGCUCGAAGGCAUCGAAUCUUGUGUAUCAUAUUUUGUAAUCUUGCUUCUUCAUCUCCAUCGCCAUGUCCAACGAGUUCUUUUACGGCACCACCCUGAAGGCCGACGAGGCUUCACAGACAUGGGACCCCUAUCACAAGAAUGCCGAGAACAGUGAGAUGCUGAUGCCACACAAACUGAUCAUCAAGCAAGUGCUUCUGGGCUAUGAAGCCAAGGAGGGCGAGUACAAUGUUGUCGAGGUGACGAGCCCCACGAGCCAGGAUGAUGUAAAGAUUCCACUCGCUGUCCUCAAAGUGGGCGAGACGCGCUCCAUCUCGAUGGAAAUGGAAUUCCCGGACGCUCCGAUCACAUUCAAGCUCGUCCAGGGCUCUGGGCCGGUGCACAUCCAUGGUCACCACCUGAUCCGCGAGGCCAGCGAUGCGGACUUGAUGGGUGAGAUGCAGGAGGGCGAGGAGGACGAGGAUGGCAUCGAUGAUGUGAAGGAUGAGUACGCCGAGGAGGAGGAGGAAGUGCCCAAUCCGGCCAAGAGGGCAAAGCUGGCCAACAAUUCCAAGGAUGGCGGCACAAACAACAAGGCCGCUGCGAAGAAGAAGUAAUCGACUCAUCCCCCAUAUUACGCGCCCACCACGGGCUGAACUGUAUUUUACUUUACAGACAGAUUUAUUUGAGAUCAUUUAUUCCUGGAAUUAUAAAAUGUAAAGAGAAAUUUCCCCCGAAAAA